UUUCCCACUCUCUCGUGCGGGUACAAAGAGGAGAGAGAGAGAUAUAACGCAUCCCCCAGGCUCAGAACAACCCAGGAAGAAAAAGAGAGAAUCACACGCAGAGAGAGAGAGAGAUGGGGGUGACAAAGGAGCAGGUUGAAUCAUCGCUGACUUCAAAGCUGAAACCUUCGCAUCUUGAAGUGACUGACACAUCUGGAGGGUGCGGUGCCAGUUUUGUGGUAGAGAUUGUGUCUGAGCAAUUCGAAGGGAAGAGGCUGCUGGAGAGGCACCGGCUGGUGAAUGCUGCACUUGAGGAGGAGAUGAAAGAGAUACAUGCUCUUUCUAUCAAGAAAGCCAUUACGCCAGAGCAGUGGAAGCAACAGCAGGAAUCUGUGGAACCCAAGUCCGAAGCUUAGAGUUUGCUUCAAAAUGGUUCCAGGAUGCACUCAUAGUAUGAAAUAAAUCUGAGUUGCCAUGUAUUUGGAUAGCAACACACUUAUCCACCUGUGAUUAAAUACUCCGGUACUCUGGGUCGUGAAUGUUUGAGCUUCACAUCUUUGACUAAACUGACCGCAACCACAAAGGCAUGACCUCAUUUUAUUAAGAAUUAUCUCUCACUCUCUCUUUCUCUGAACUUAGAUGGUGUUAAUACAUGAUGACUGAUUAAUGAGGAGAUACUCAAUGUUUUGGUUGAA